ACGUUCAUGAUUAGCAGCUGCAGCGUUAAGCAUGCAGAAAUGGGAAGAAAGAGAAAACAAUGAGAGAUUCCCACUUCCUCUUAGGGUGGUACAAAACAACCACUCUUUACACGCUGCUCUUCACACAGACUUUGAAUCAAACACAGUUUGGUAGGCUGCAUUGAUAGACAAUGAAAUGAUACUAAGAAGUACUUUUUUCUGCUGUGAUAAAGACUGUCGAAGGACAAUUGGUGCCCAUAAACAAGUGAUCAGCUGAGAGACUCUGAUUUCGUUCCAAGGGGGGGAUGAAUGUGUGGAUCAUAAACAGAAAGUUGAAACAGCUUUUAAAGAGGGGGUCAGCCAUCUAGUCCAUGCUUUGUGAAGGCAGAUUGCUGCGCAUGACCUUCUGUGAAUUGGAGGAGCUGGACUCCUUCCCUCCUCAGAGGGCUCUCCAGAGUGCUUAUGGGCUGCCAAGAGCAGCUGCCACCCUCAUGCCAGACUCCACUAGACACACUCCACCCGUUCAUCGCGGUUCCCCGGAGCAGACAGGUAGCGUGGAUGACAGUGCUUCACUGGAGUUGUACAUUUCUCCCCUGCAGUCCUUGGAUUACCCAAGAUCCCAUCCAGGCAGACAGAUCUCUCCAGAGAUAGAGAUCCCAGCUCAGGCUGGCUCAGGUGGUGAUUCCCCUUUCUUGGUUCCCUCCUAUUGUCAGAGCAUCUGCCAAAACUACAGCGACCUCCAUAUUGGCGGUGACCAGGUGCUGCCUCUCUCAGCUAAUGAUGGUGAGCUGAGGGUCUGCACUGAUGCCCAGCCUGCUGGCCCCUUUCUUCAGUCCUGUGAUGUCCCCCCAGCUUCUCUCCCAGGACAGACAUCUCAGAAUGGGCUUCUGCAUCCAGUGAGGGGAGGUUCCAAUCGCUGGAGAUUGGGGAGUGCCCGUGAUCGGAGCGUGUUGUUCCAGGGGCGAGAGGGGCCAUUCUCCAACUCCCUUCUAAAUCACUACCUGGAGCAGAAACUCAUGGAUCUGUACCAGCAGUAUAUGAUGGAAAACAUGGCGAGAGAAGAUACUGACACAGGCCCCAUUUGCCCUCUGCUGGGGUCAGAGCUGGUCCUGACCAGCCUGGACCAGAUUACUUUGAAGCUGAGUCGGGAGGGGAACCUGGAGGCCGGCCUGGCAAAGGACAUGGUCCUGAGCUGCCUGCUGCGGGUAGCUGGUGACAUGCAGUCAAGUGAGAUCAGCACUCCCUUUCUCCAGAUUUCAAAUGAAUCAUCCCGGGAGCAGCUCACAGAAAAUAAAGACGAGUAACCCCAAUGUCAAGAAUCACACUCAUCUGAUUCUCCCUUUCACUGUAGACACCAACAGCAAAAGAUAAGAUGAAACUGACGGCUGCAUUUUGUUUCUUUUGUCUUUAAUUAGCUGUUGAGAGGCUGUUGAAAACAAGUUCUUUACAUUAUUAAUGCUACGCAUUUUUCAAUUUCCAAAGGACAAUAAAAACAGAACUGAAAACUGAAA